GCAACUCAGCACGCACUCGCAGCAGUCAGCAGGCAUGUACCAAAAGUGGAGGCUGACGACUGCGAUGAAGUCAUAUUGAAGAUGUCUGCUCAUAGUCGUAUUCUUCACUCUGGCUCUUUUGUUCCCUUUUUGCUAUAUAAAGAGAGUAGUAGUCUCGUCAAAUAAUAUACUAAAAAAGGUAACCGUGGAAUUCGAAAUAAAAUGGAGAGGAAUUUGCAAUAUUUUGAGUUAAAUACUGGAGCAAAAAUUCCUUCUAUUGGGCUGGGGACAUAUGCAACUUCCCCACAAAUUCUUGCUCCUGCCAUCAAGUUUGGUUACCGACACAUUGAUUGUGCUCAUAUCUAUGGAAAUGAAAAGCAGAUUGGCGUUGCUUUAAAGGAGCUGUUUGAAGACGGCAUUGUGAAGCGAGAAGACUUAUUUAUCACCUCCAAACUCUGGAACUUCGAUCAUGAGCCAAAAGAUGUGCCAAAGGCACUAGAUAGAACUUUGAGUGACCUUCAACUUGACUACUUGGAUCUAUAUCUUAUCCAUUGGCCAGUAAAGGAGAAAAAAGGAGUACCUGACAGUCCUGACAAAUACAUUCCAACAGACAUACCUAGUACAUGGAAAGCAAUGGAGUCGCUUUACGAUUCAGGUAAGGUCCGAGCCAUUGGAGUUAGCAAUUUCUCUGCCAAGAAACUUGAUGACCUUCUUGAAGUUGCUCAUGUUCCUCCUGCUGUAAACCAAGUUGAAUGUAAUCCUUUCUGGCAACAAGCAAAAUUGCAUGAAUAUUGUAGAUCAAAGCACAUACAUCUAUCCGGAUAUUCACCAUUGGGUCAUCAAUCUUCUGAAGCAAACAAGAAAGGGCUUCUUUUCGAUCCUAUUCUCAAUGUGGUCGCAAAAGAACUAAGAAAGUCUCCUGCACAAAUAGCUCUACGUUGGGGGCUUCAGAUGGGUCAUAGUGUAUUGCCGAAAACCUCAAAUGAAGCAAGAUUGAAAGAGAAUUUGGACAUUAUUGAUUGGUCCAUACCUGAAAAUUUGCUGUGUAAAUUUUCUGAGAUUAAGCAGGAAAAAAUUGUUACAGGCAAGAAUAUGGUGCACGAGGCAUCUGCAGGCUACAAAACUGUUGAAGAACUAUGGGAUGAGCAACUCUGAGUUUUAACGUUUAGAAAUAUCCCUUCUAAAGUGCUACUUUGUGUUUCCGUGUCCUAGUUUAAGAACUCUUACUGUAUUUCUGGAAAAUAAAAUGUCUCAUCUUUUUUAUUCUCAAA